AAUUGCUAACUAUAUGUUACUUAUCAUUAAUUACGCAUAUUCUUGUAAUAUAAACCUAGUCUUCUAAUAUUUCAUAGCGUGCGCCUCCAUGUCAAAGUGUAAGACAUCUGGAUUCAAAGGGACAAAUGAUUAUGGCAAAAGUGAGGAGCGGGAGGGAAGGAGUUGUGUGCGUUACAAGUGUGGCCUACUCAACACCAUACAGGAUGUCCUGCGCCAAAGACCCGGUUGGGUUGAAGUCAAAGAUGAAGGUGAGUGGGACUUCAACUGGUGUGAUGUGGGCUGGCUAAGGGAGAAUUUUGAUCAUUCAUACAUGGAGGAACAUGUGAGGAUAAACCACUUUCGUAAUCAUUAUGAGCUGACUCGCAAAAACCUCAUGGUGAAAAAUCUCAAAAGAUAUAGGAAAAAUCUUGAAAGAGAUGUUGGCCGCAUGGAGGCAUCCAAAUGUGAAUUCUUCCCCUGCACUUUUGCACUGCCAAGCGAAUAUCAUCUGUUUGUAGAGGAAUUCAAAAGAAGCCCUGGUAGCACGUGGAUCAUGAAGCCGGUGGCAAAAUCGCAAGGGAAAGGAAUCUUUCUGUUCAGGAAACUGAAAGACAUCAUGGAUUGGAAGAAGGAUGGCACCCGCUCAGAGGAACAGAAGGAUGCAGCUCAAGUGGAAAGCUAUGUGGCACAACGCUAUAUAGAGAACCCUUACCUAAUAAAUGGCCGAAAAUUUGAUCUAAGGGUCUAUGUGCUGGUCACGUCAUAUGUUCCCUUGAAAGCCUGGCUGUAUCGAGAUGGCUUUGGCCGCUUUUCAAGCACCCGCUUCUCCCUCAGCAGUAUUGAUGACAAGUAUAUGCACCUCACCAAUGUGGCUGUACAGAAAACAGCACCAGAUUAUGAUCCUGAAAAGGGAUGCAAGUGGCAGUUGCAACAGCUUCGAAGAUACCUCACUGCAAAACAUGGCAGAGAGACAAUAGAAACCCUGUUCAAAGAGAUUGAUAACAUCUUUGUCCGCAGUCUUCAGAGUGUUCAGAAAGUCAUUAUAAAUGACAAACACUGCUUUGAGCUCUAUGGGUACGACAUUCUACUGGAUCAGAACCUCAAACCGUGGUUAAUAGAGGUGAAUGCUUCUCCGUCACACACACCCAGUAGUCAAGAGGAUUAUGAGAUGAAGUGCAGUCUGCUGGAAGACACUUUACAUGUUGUUGAUAUGGAGGGAAGGCUCACUGGCAAGGAGAAAAGGGUGGGAGGCUACGAUCUGAUGUGGAAUGAUGGGCCCGUCUAUAGAGAGGACGUCAAUCUAGAAACAUUUGGCAGUGCAUGUUUCUCUGCCAACACACACCUAGGGUGUGUGAAUGACAGGGAGAAGCAGCUGCGGCGGCUCCUUAAACCAUUUCCAGGCCAGAAAAGGAUGUAACACACUCAUCAUUUUUAUGUCCCAACACUUUACCACCUGGUAUGUGCCUGGAAGAGGACAGCCUCCAGUAAACACAACAACUUUAGUCAUAUUCAUAAAAAGUUAACUCUCUGUGAUGAACUGAUCAGCAUCCAUCCAACAAGGUUGACAUUU